UCUCCCAAACGACGGAUUAGUAGCAGCAACUCUCGCAAAAAAACCCAGUGAAAAUGAAGUUCGCUCUAGCCUUCGUGUUGUUCGCGCUCGUGUGCGCUGCGUACGCCCAGACAGACGCAGCAAAGGAUGCAGCUGACAAGGCAAAGGACAAAGCAGCCGUUCCGGACGCGCCCAAGCUGGACAAGGAUGCGGUUACCACGCCCGAUCCGAAGGACGCCACCAAGAAGGUGGAGGAUGCUGCCGGUAAAGCGAAAGACCAGGCCACCGACAUCGGCAAAAAACUCACGGACGGACUCAAGCUGUAGUUCAUUGGUUCUGUGGGGCUACUCCAAGCGCGCACACACUCGUGACACGAGUGGAAUAAACACGGCAUCUUAAAGCCAACAGU